UGUGAAAACUACCACAAGAUCGCAUAAUAUGUCUGGCAAACUGGAUAUCGUGAUUUUUAGAUUUUAAGAUGUCAUUCCAAGACUACAGUUGGUUGUACUCAAAGGUAGACUUUGAUGCAUUUAAACUUAUUGUCUGGGAUGUAGAAUACAUUUUCGUGCCACGGGCAAACUACGAAGUAUCUUGUAAAUGUGAAUUUUUAGCUUCUUCUCUUUUCAUAUCCUACAAGUAUGUUUUAAACUACAAGUAUGCUAUUUUAUGUGCAUCGUAAGUGUUAUAUCCAAGUUGUACAUGUCAGAGCGGGCAUGCGAGUUUCUGCAGUUUCAUAAUUGAACUCUUCGUGUCGCUGUUCACCAGUGCAAUCUUUGACGUUCAUGUUGUUUCUCUUCAUCCUGUUCAUGAUGUCAUAUAUUGAGAUCUGACCUCCCAGCUCGCUGUAAAUCGUCGACGGUGAGCGGUGCAUUCCUCUGUUGUCCUCUUAUAUCGACCAUAAACUAAAUUCAGUAAUUUCAUCUGGAUUUACAUGCUGAAAACUUCAAUACCGUUUUUGUUGAUUUUCAUAUAGAUAGAUCAAAACCUUACGCGUUGCUGCUGAGAUGUUUGGGUUUUUGUUCUUCGUGCUGAUGGCGCGCACCGCUUAUGGAGACGUGAGCUAUUCUUUCCCGGAGGAGAUGAAACGCGGAUCUGUGAUUGGAAAUAUAGCAAAGGAUUUCGGACUCGAUGUAAAGAGUCUAUCAAGUCGUGAUGCACGAAUUGAUAAUGAAGGUAACAGAAAACGGUACUGUGACAUUAAUACUAAUACCGGAGAACUGAUCGUUGCGGAGAAAAUCGACAGAGAGGAGAUUUGUGGGAAGAAAGCUUCAUGUGUUAUUAAACAGGAGCUAGUGCUAGAAAAUCCGUUGGAGCUUCAUCGAUUUAUUCUUAAUAUUCAGGACAUAAAUGAUAAUUUGCCACAGUUCAAACUAAAUAUAAUCAAAUUUGAAAUAAGUGAAUCAGCAGACAAAGGAUCCCGCUAUUUAUUAGAUGAGGCCCACGACGCGGAUAUUGGUGUGAAUUCAGUGCAGUCAUAUACAAUAGAAAACAACGAACAUUUUCUUCUUAGUGUUCUUACGGGGGUAAAUGGAGUAAAAUAUGGAGAGCUGGUUAUUGACAAGGAGUUGGAUCGUGAGAAGGAAAAUGAAGUAGCAUUCAUUCUCACUGCGGUAGACGGCGGGACUCCACCGAGAUCAGGUACUGUAGUCAUACACGUCACUGUGCUGGAUGCUAAUGAUAAUGCUCCAGUCUUUAGUCAGGCCGUCUAUAAAAUCAGUCUGCCUGAAAAUUCUCCUCUAGAUACUGUAGUGGUGACAGUGAGCGCUACUGAUGCUGACGAGGGACAAAAUGGAGAAGUGACAUAUGAGUUCAGUCAUUUAUCAGAAAGUCUUUUGGAAAUAUUUGAUCUCGAUGCAGUGUCUGGUAAACUUAAACUAACAGGUAUCAUAGAUUAUGAGGAGGAGAGUACAAUUGAAUUGCCGAUUCAAGCUAAAGAUAGUCAAGGUCUAGCAGGUCGAUGCAUUGUAUUAAUUGAUGUUAUUGAUGUCAAUGAUAACGCCCCUACCAUAAUGACUAAAUCUGUUAAAAUCUCCGUUCCUGAGAAUGCGUUACCCGGUACAGAGGUUGGCAUCAUUAAUGUGCAGGACAGAGACUCUGAUAAUAACGGACAGGUGCGCUGCUCAAUUCAGCAAAACGUCCCAUUUAAACUCGUACCUUCAAUCAAAAAUUACUAUUCUCUGGUGACCACAGGUGAAUUAGACCGCGAGAUGCUCUCAGAUUAUAAUAUUACAAUUACUGCUACUGAUGACGGCUCUCCGCCUUUAUCUUCCACUAAGAAUAUUCACCUGACUGUAGCUGACGUGAAUGAUAAUCCACCUGUAUUUCAGGAGCAGAGUUACAGAGCUCAUGUAAGAAAAUAACAAACCGGGCUCCUC